AGUUGAAUCAGUCGGUUAAGAAUCAAGGAUGAAGACAGUGCUCAUCACAGGAGCCAACAGAGGCCUCGGCCUUGGUAUGGUGAAAUAUCUUACUCACUGCAAAAAGUCGCAGAGAAUUAUCGCAACUUGCCGAAACGAAUCCGAGGAACUAAAACAAUUGUCGGAGAAAAAUCAUAAUGUAACAAUAUUACAUUUAGAUGUCACAAACUUUUCUGGUUACGAUAAUUUGACGGCACAGAUAAAAAAUAUCGUCGGAGACCAAGGACUUAAUCUGUUAAUCAAUAAUGCCGGUAUAACAACCAAAUUUACUAAACUGGGGCUGGUGAAGACCGAGCAGCUGAUGGACAACCUCACGGUGAACACUGUUGCACCGAUCAUGCUCACUAAGAGUCUGCUGCCACUAUUGAAGCGAGCAGCCGAGCUUUACAGUGGCGAGGCAGUGGGAGUAGAGCGAGCCGCCGUCAUCAACAUGAGCUCUGUGCUUGGUUCCAUAGCGCAAAAUGAUCAAGGCGGCUUCUACCCCUACAGAUGUUCAAAGGCGGCGCUAAACGCGGCAACGAAAUCAAUGAGCAUCGACUUGAAGAAGGAGAGCAUCCUCGUUGCUUGUAUGCAUCCCGGCUGGGUUAAGACCGACAUGGGCGGGAAAAACGCUCCCUUAGACGUUGACUCGAGCGUUGCGGGAAUUUUCAAUACCAUAGAGAACUUAGGAGAGGCUGACAGUGGCAAGUUUUUACAAUAUGACGGUACUGAAAUACCUUGGUAAUGUUUUGAAAUUGGUACAUUAAGUCCUGUUUUGAAUAAAUAAAAUACUGCUGAUCAAAACUUGCGUGAUUAUUGAAC